AUGGUGCCAGUUUUUUCACAGAGGCUGCGAAACGCGUGGCACAGGGGCACGGGCGCGCGCGCCGCAGAGCGGUAUAUAAAGGCCCCCUGGGAGGACACCGGCAGGUUAGGCAGAGCAGCAUCGAACAAGAACAUGUCAGGCAAGGGUGGAAAAGCAGGCUCCGCGGCAAAGGCGUCGCAAUCGCGUUCGGCGAAGGCCGGCCUUACCUUCCCAGUGGGAAGAGUGCACAGACUACUGAGAAAGGGCAACUACGCGCAGCGGAUUGGGUCCGGCGCGCCCGUGUACAUGACCGCGGUACUGGAGUACCUGGCGGCCGAGAUUCUGGAGUUGGCUGGUAACGCUGCGCGCGACAACAAGAAGACCAGAAUCAUUCCUCGUCACUUGCAGCUGGCCAUCAGGAACGACGACGAGCUGAACAAGCUUCUGGGGAACGUGACGAUCGCGCAGGGCGGUGUGUUGCCAAACAUUCAUGCAAACUUGCUGCCCAAGAAGUCUGCGAAGGCCACGAAGGCAUCGCAGGAGCUAUGA